AUGGACACCACUCUGCUAGCCUUGUUGCUACUCUUCGCAGUGCAAAGCGUAGUCUCUCUCACCAGGCCCAACUUUAUAACACUUAAAGACAACGGUUACACUGGCAUCACGGUAGCAAUCCACAAUCAAGUGAUGGAAGACGAACAACUUAUUAAGCGUCUAAAGGAUAUGUUUACGGAAGGCUCCAAGUAUUUGUACGAAGCAACACGAAACAGGGCCUACUUCAAGGAGGUAACCAUCCUAGUUCCCAAGACGUGGUCUUCAAAACCUGAGUACGAACUUCCCGGUGGUAUAACAUUCGACAAUGCUGAUGUGAUUGUGGCCCCGCCCAAUCCACGCUGGGCGCCAUUACAGUAUACUAAGCAAUACGAAGGCUGUGGGAAACAGGGCGUACACAUUCAUUUCAUGGACGCUUUUCUGACUGACCCAAACACUGAGCUGUACUACGGCCCACUAGGUCGCACAUUCGUUCACGAGUGGGGUCACUUUCGCUGGGGACUCUUUGAUGAAUAUGCUGAUCCAGUUGGCGAUCCCGAUAACUACCAAGAAUUCUAUUUCUCGCCAUCGACGCAAAGUUUUGAAGGGGUGAGAUGCUCCUACGGUCACACUGGCCAGCCACUUAUUUUUCUCCCUGAGAGUCUGGCAUAUCGACACUGCGCUGGCAACUCGUAUAUAGGCUACGAGGAUGGGUGCGUCUUCUAUGUAUCCAGGGAGCAAAAAGACGUCACUGCAUCCAUUAUGUACAGCACAUACCCACUCCAGGAAAUAACUAAAUUCUGUGACGUCGAUGGGCAAGAUGAAUCCAGUUACCAUAACAGAGAAGCCCCGAACAAACACAAUCGCCUAUGCUCAAGGAGAAGCAACUGGGAGAUCUUAAAGGAACACGAAGAUUUCAAGAAUGGUAACAACCCUGCAACUGAGAUAGGUGACCAAGGUCUCGUACCGUCCUUUACUAUCGUUCAGCAUGGAGAAGCCCGUGUGGUUCUUCUCCUAGAUACAUCGGGAAGUAUGAAGAACGACCAGAAGUUCUUGAAGAUGAUAAGCUCGUCUGCCAACUUCCUUUCCUCUAUCGUUAUCGAUGGGAGUUCGGUGGGUAUCGUAGAGUUCAACUUUCAGGCUUUUAAACUCAAAGAGUUGACAGCUAUUACUUCAGAUUCUGACCGUGAUGAGCUGCUACAAGCUCUGCCGGAUAAAGCCGACGGCUGGACAGCCAUCGGAGAUGGUCUUCUGAAAGCAAUCGAGGUAUUAUCCACGGGUUCCCAAGACCCCAAAGGUGGUAUCAUUAUGCUCAUCAGUGACGGUGAGGAGAAACACGGAGCCGACAGCAACCCAAACCCUCACGAUCUUCCCUAUGUGGCUGAUGUCAUGGAUGACGUCAUUAACUCUGGCGUCAUCGUCGACACGUUAGCCUUUUCUCAAGGCGCUUCUACCUUACUCCCUAGUAUUUCAAAGGCAACAGGUGGUAAAACUUUUUUCUACUCCAACGAGCCUGGAUCGAAUACACUGUAUGACGCCUUUGCUGCAACAAUGGAGAGAGGUGACGUCAUCGACGCAGAUAAACGUGUGCAGCUGACUGGUACGUCUUGGUCAUUAGCAAGUAGCGAGGAAAGGGAUGGCAGUUUUUUCAUGGAUACCACCCUGGGAAGGAGGACGGAGUUCAGCUUUUCUUGGACCAAAAAGAAUGUGCGAGGUAUCGAUGUAACAAUCACGACCCCUAGUGGGAGAUUUAUCGACUCGUCUUAUGAAGGUUAUGGCGUCGAUACAUCAUUCAGGAUUCUCACAGUAAAGAUCAGAGACAUAGCAGAGGCAGGUUCGUGGAAAUACACAGUUGUGAAUUGGUACAAUGAGAUACAGGAGAUUGCAAUCUCAAUCUCUUCACAUCCAGCGAGUGAUGACGUCGACCCCAUUGUCGUGACGUCAGAGUUGAGCGGCUCCGUCACGGACUUUGCCAACGGGGAGCCACUGACUGCGUUUGCCGAGAUCAGGCAGGGGUUCAGCCCGAUGAUCUACGCUAAUGUCUGGGCGACCAUCGAGAGACCGGCUGGCUACGAUCCGGUCAGGCUCAGACUGCUGGACAACGGAGCUGGAGCGGACAUCACUAAGAAUGACGGGGUUUACUCUAGAACCUUUACUGAGUUUUCCGGUGUGGGUUACUAUGGUAUACGGAUUGACGUGGAUAAUAAUGACGGCGAUGCGAUCAUCAUCGAUUCGACUACAGCCUUCUCUAAGGCUCGACCUAUUGUGGACCCCGAUCAGGCCUUCAACCUUCCUGCAAUAGGCGGUGUCAAGAUCCCAUUUCCCGGGGCUCAACCUGAAGAGCCAACCGGCCGACCAGCACCGUCCUUCAGCCGCGGAACCUCCGGAGGAUCCAGCUACGUUAAGGAGCUCCCCGCGGGGUUCACGCCGGGGGGCGAUUACUUUCCACCCGAUGACGUGCUUGAUCUGCGUGUCAAACAGACAGUGUUCAGCCAGAGCACUGUGGUACUCACUUGGACUGCACCGGGGGACGAUCUCGACAAUGGAGCAGCGUCUCUAUAUGAAAUCAUCCGUGCCGAGUCAGUCCUUGCCUGGCAGAACGACUCGUCCCCAGGGUCUCAUCGUAUUCUAAACUCAACCGACAUACUCAACGGAAGCAUCUCGACCCCACUUGACUUCGGUAACCUGGAAGAAUACACCAUCCUCGUCCCCAUACCAAAGGGAGCCAACGUAGUCUCUUACGCAUUCGUCCUGCGAGCUUUCGAUGAUGCUGGUAACCCAUCUGGAUUCUCCAAUGCUGUACAAGCGGUGUUGAGGGAGACUAUUCCUCAACCUCCGAGUCAGUUAGGUCUUGCCGCCUGGGAGAUAGCGUUGAUAGUGAUUGGGGCAGUUGUUGCAGCGCUGUUGAUAGUGUUGGGUGUGGCUUACCUGAUCAAGACUCACAAACGUAAAGAAGUCAAUGUGGAAGAUACCGUAUAUGAGGUUAACAAGGAGGAGGGCGCAGGGGGAACGAGUCUUACAAAAGCUUGA